AUGGCGAUCAUUCCCCAAGAUAUUAUCAUCGAUAUACUUUCGAUGUUACCAAUCAAAUCGAUCUCUCGGUUCAGGUGUGUUUGCAAACCCUGGUACGAUUUGUUCAAAAACUCUAAGUUUAUUAAGAUUCACCAUCACCGUGCUAUUCAAAACAACAAGGUCAGUGUUCUACUUGCUUCGUAUACGGGUUCUGGUAUAUAUUAUGAUGUUUAUUAUACCAUAGAUUUUGAUGUAACAUCCUCAUCUCACCAUAUGAUUACUCAAACUGACCUCCCACGCCAUACGUAUGUACCUAAUGAUCUACUUAUCGAUUCAUGUGAUGGUCUAAUCGGCUUAUCCACCGGUAUUGAUCCUAGUUGGACUAAACUGAUCAAGAUGAUCUGCUUGUGGAAUCCAUUAACUCGAGAAUAUAAGAAAAUAUCAAUACCAACAUUAAUUAAUAACAAGUGUUGGGACGUCUGUUCGAGAUAUGGGGUUUGUUAUGAUUGGAGAAUUGAUGAUUACAAGUUGUUCAGAACAGUAGUCAAAGACGAUUCUUGUUCUGAAGUUUGGGUUUGUAGAUUAGGUUCAAAUUCAUGGGAAAAAAUUGGAGACAUGCCUUAUGAUAUGUAUCCUUAUGAUUUCAAUAAUACCGAGCUUCCUCUGAAGCCUUUAAAUGGGAUUAUCAAUUGGAUGGGAAAAAAUAAAGUAAUAAUUUCGUUUGAUAUAGUUGAAGAGCUAACCAAAGAGAUCAAAAUACCCAGUUGCUUUCUAGAUGAUGAAUUGUACUCGUUUUAUGGUAUGGAAGUGGGUGUGGUGGGAGAGGACCUAUCAGUUAAUCCUUCAUCCUGCAAAGGAGAUCCAACUGUGGGUGAUGAAAAAUUAUGGAGUUAUGGAUUCUUGGACCCAGAUUUUAAGCCUUUCGGCUGGAAAUAUGAUGAAGAUUCAGACGAGGAUGAAGAAGAUUCAGGCGAAGAUGGUUUAGUCAUAUAUGACCUAAUUAAUGGAAGUCUUACAAAUUUGGAUAUCCCCAACAUGCCAAAACAUUUUUCUCCGACUAUUUUUGUUGGAAGUCUAGUUUCACUCAAUUCAGGUGAAUUCGUAGAAGCUACACAAAUUUCUAAAGUGGUGUGA